AUACGUGACAGACAAUCUUUUUCUCAGUUUCUAUUCUCGUUGCUGCAGACUCACUUCCAACGGAGCAGUGGCGUAUGGUUUGUUUGAACGUACCUUCAGAAAAACUAGGGAACGUUUGUGUUUGUGUUUGUUCUACCAGUACCAAUAUGAAAGGGUUUGCGCUAUUUCUAUCGCUGUGCCUACUGCUAAACACUCAAAGUGCUACACUCGCGCAAGAAGAAGUGUCCUUCCUAGAUGAUCAACCGAUCAUAACAGUUUACCGUAACCUGCACAAGCAGUUCUUUAACUAUGUCGGUCCAAACAGUGAAAAUCCGGAACGAUUGAAACAGGCACGCUCGCAAGGGAAAAUUCAACUCCCCAUUCCACCUGAUCAACCGUUUCCUUGUCCUACCGAGGGUAUGCGCAGUGCGAGGGUUCCUACCUCUGUCCACGAACUACGCCCGGGCGAUAUCGAUGUAGUGGCAGCCCUCGGCGAUUCCCUAACGGCCGGCACGGGAGUACUUGCGACCGGCAUCCUUGAGCUGAUCAUCGAAAAUCGAGGCCUAUCGUGGUGCAUUGGUGGACAGGGCACCUGGCGUCAGUAUCUAACGCUACCCAACAUUCUGAAGGUGUUCAAUCCUAACCUAAAUGGCUAUGUCGUUGCGGACAGUUUAUCGAUUGACAGGGCGUCGAGAUUUGAUGUCGCUGAGAUUGCUGGAAUGAGCCAGGAUCUGCCGCAUCAGGCAAGAAAUCUUAUCAAACGCAUGAAAGCGGACCGCUCGGUUAGCAUCAAGAAAGACUGGAAGCUUAUAACUAUUUUCAUGGGGCAUAACGAUUUCUGCAGCCGGAUCUGCUUCCUGCCCAAGCCUGAGAAAGCGCUCUACCAGCAUGAGCAAAAUUUGCUCACAACGUUGCGCCUACUUCGCAAGUAUCUACCGCGAGCGAUGGUUAAUAUUGUUGCAACAAUUGAUGUUACCGUAUUGAGAACGUUCUCUCCACGCCCUGCAUCAUGCGUCACUACGCACGCCUUCGAGUGUCCUUGUGUGUUCGGUACCAGAUACGCAUCGUUCCAACCACGCCUAGAGUACAUCAUACACCAGUGGAACCGGAUACAGCAGUCCGUGGCCGAGCGGGAGGAGUUCAACAAUGCCACCGAUUUCGUCGUAAACUUUCAACCGUUUCCGGAGCAGCUGACACUGCCGACACUCCGGAACGGGGAUACGGAUGCUGGCAUCGCAUCGGUCGAUUGUUUCCACUUCAGCCAACGGGGGCACGCGAUCGCGGCGAACAGCUACUGGAACAACCUGAUCGACAUGGAGGGCAACAAGACGGAGCUGGUGCAGCGAGAGUUUGAACGUUUCAACUGUCCGAUGAAGGGAAGGCCUUUUUUGGCGACACGUAAGAAUAGUUUGAAGAAAGUCUGAAGUGGAAGAAAAACAGGGUAUCAUGCCAAGUUUAGAGACAUUGGAGGGAUAUACAUCGAGGGUAGAUAAUUGUUAUAUUAAUGUUAUUUUAACGAUAAAUGUGUUGUUACGGUUUUUAUUGCGAUAAUGUGUAAAUAAAGUUGGUUCAUAAAUAAGAA